GUGUUCGACCCAGGCGCCCCGCUCACGUGACCGCGGCGCAUGUCAGCUGAUGCCGGAGGGUUUGAAGCGGCGCCGGGAGGGAGCGAGGCCGCAGUGACCGCGGUGCGCGCACGGACCCGCCCGCAUCCCGCGCUCACCGUGCGGCCAUGGCCACCGCGGCGGGCCGGCGCGGCUCAGGUGAGCGCGGGCGGCGGGAGGGCGCGCCCGGCUCCGCGACUUCAGAGACCGAGCAAUUGCUGACCCCCAAUCCUGGGUAUGGGACCCAGGCGGGGACCUCACCAGCCCCCACAACCCCCCCAGAAGAGGAAGACCUCCGCCGCCGCCUCAAGUACUUUUUUAUGAGUCCAUGUGACAAGUUCCGGGCCAAAGGUCGCAAGCCCUGCAAGUUGAUGCUGCAGGUGGUCAAGAUCUUGGUGGUCACUGUGCAGCUCAUUCUCUUUGGACUCAGCAACCAGCUGGUGGUGACAUUCCGGGAAGAGAACACCAUUGCCUUCCGACACCUCUUCCUGCUGGGUUACUCUGAUGGGUCUGAUGACACCUUUGCGGCCUACACACGGGAGCAGCUCUACCAAGCCAUCUUCUAUGCUGUGGACCAGUACCUGACACUACCCGAGAUAUCCCUGGGCCGGUAUGCCUAUGUCCGUGGUGGGGGCGGGCCUUGGGCCAAUGGCUCAGCUCUGGCUCUCUGCCAGCGAUAUUACCACCGUGGCCAUGUGGACCCAGCCAACGAUACCUUUGACAUUGAUCCAAGGGUAGUCACUGACUGUAUCCAGGUGGAUCCUCCUGACAGACCUCCUGACAUCCCCAGUGAGGACUUGGACUUCUUGGAUGGCAGCACCAGUUACAAGAACAUCACAUUGAAAUUCCACAAGCUGAUCAACGUCACCAUCCACUUCCAACUGAAGACAAUUAACCUGCAGAGCCUCAUCAACAACGAGAUCCCUGACUGUUACACCUUCAGUAUCCUGAUCACAUUUGACAAUAAAGCACACAGUGGGCGAAUCCCCAUCCGCCUGGAGACCCAGACCCACAUCCAGGAGUGUAAACACCCCAGUGUCUCCAGACACGGAGACAACAGCUUCCGGCUUCUGUUUGAUGUGGUGGUCAUCCUCACCUGCUCCCUGUCCUUCCUGCUGUGUGCCCGCUCACUGCUCCGUGGCUUCCUGCUGCAGAACGAGUUUGUUGUAUUCAUGUGGCGGCGGCGGGGCCGGGAAAUCAGCCUCUGGGAACGGCUGGAGUUUGUCAAUGGCUGGUACAUCCUGCUGGUCACCAGUGACGUGCUUACCAUCUCGGGGACUAUCAUGAAGAUUGGCAUUGAGGCAAAGAACCUAGCCAGCUAUGAUGUCUGCAGCAUCCUCCUGGGUACCUCCACUCUGCUGGUCUGGGUUGGUGUCAUUCGCUACCUGACAUUUUUCCACAAGUACAAUACACACGAGUCUUUGUACCAGGGCAGGACCACGGGAGCCUGUCCCUACCUGCCCAUCCAGCUGAGUCCAGCUGUGAUCCUGAUUGCCACGUUGCGAGUGGCACUGCCCAGUGUCAUGCGUUUCUGCUGCUGUGUGGCUGUCAUCUACCUGGGCUAUUGCUUCUGCGGCUGGAUUGUCCUGGGACCCUACCAUGUGAAGUUCCGCUCGCUGUCCAUGGUUUCCGAGUGCCUGUUCUCCCUCAUCAACGGGGACGACAUGUUCGUGACGUUUGCAGCCAUGCAGGCCCAGCAGGGUCGCAGUAGCCUGGUGUGGCUCUUCUCGCAGCUCUACCUCUACUCCUUCAUCAGCCUCUUCAUCUACAUGGUGCUGAGUCUCUUCAUCGCACUCAUCACCGGCGCCUACGACACUAUCAAGCACCCAGGAGGCACUGGCACAGAGAAGAGUGAGCUCCAGGCCUACAUUGAGCAGUGCCAGGAUAGCCCCACGUCUGGCAAGUUCCGUCGUGGAAGUGGCUCCACUUGUAGCCUUCUGUGCUGCUGUGGAAGGAACUCUCCGGAGGACCAUUCACUGCUGGUGAACUGAUCCAAGAUGAUUGCCACUAGACUUUAUCCCCAUGUACUGCUGGGACCCCAGCUUAUUUAUUUUUAGAAUUCGCUUUAAAAGAUCUGCUUCUGACAGGCCUUGUGAGGGCUUGGGCAGAUCGAAUCGGACACUGGGGAAGGGAGGGCAUGGAGGGUGGCUGUUAAAUAAAAGGGAACAUAAA